AUGGAUGCAGGCUUGUACAGAGCUGCCAGGGAAGGCAACAUUGAGGACUUGAUUCAGAACAAGGACCAUCUUGAAUCCCAACUCACCCCAACCAACAACACAGUCCUCCAUGUGGCGGCCCAAUUUGGGCAUAUCCAGUGUGUCAUGGAGGUCCUAAACACGUGUCCCUCCAUGUACCGGAUGGUGAACUCGGGGGGUGACACUGCCCUCCACAUUGCUGCCAGGGAAGGGCAGUCCACUAUACUCCGGGCCCUGGUCGAGUAUGCGAAUGCACUCGAUGAGGAACUCGAAGAUGGAGUUGGAACGGCCAAGGACAUGCUGCGGAUGGCCAAUGCGGUUGGCGACACCGCGCUGCACGAGGCUGUCAGGAAUCAUCACCCGGUGGCGGUGCAGUUGCUGACAAGAGAGGAUCCAGAGUUCUGCCAUCCUGCCAACUGUGUUGAGGAAACUCCUCUGUACCUUGCUGCUGAAAGAGGGUAUGUUGGCUUGGUUUUUGUCAUACUGGAGACUUGUUCUGCCCCGGCUUAUGGCGGCCCCGGUUGCAGAACGGCUCUGCACUCGGCCGUGAUCCACAAUCACGAGGGUUCCUUUGGUUCUCUUCAAGGGUGCACCAAGAAGUUACUGGACUGGAAGGGAGGACUAGCCAGGGAAGCAGAUUUGCAAGCGUGGACACCGCUUCACUAUGCUGCGCAAUUUGGCCACUUGUCGAGAGUCAGAGAGCUGCUAAACACGGACAAAUCCGUCGGGUACUUGACAGACAAAGAUGACAAGAAGACGGCUCUUCAUUUAGCAGCUAGCCGUGGCCAUGUGGAUGUAAUGCAAGAGCUUAUAUCGCACUGCCCCGAUUGUUGGGAGAUUGUUGAUGGCAGAGGCCGGAAUAUUCUUCACCUUGCAGUGAAGAACCACAAGAAGAGGGCGAUUAAGUUCAUCUUGCAGGAUUUCUCACUCAGCAGCCUUAUAAAUCAGAAAGACAUCGAUGGGAAUACGCCGCUCCAUUUGCUGGCUGCUUCUGAUUGCUAUGCACCUCUCCUCGUAAAUCACCCCAAAGUGGAUAGAAUGGCUUUCAACAAGGAAAGCUUAACUCCUCUGGACAUGGUUUACAGUGAUGGAUACACUGGAUUAUUAUGGGAUUCCACCAAAAGAAGUCUCAUAAAUGCUGGUGCUGUUCUUGGCCAAAGGGAUGUUGCCAGAAGCGAUAACGAUGAAUUGGCAACCAAAGAGAAGUAUCACCUACACGACAAAGUAUUACCAGCAGAGAUCAGGAGAGCAGCCAACACUAAUUUGAUAGUGGCUGCACUAAUAGCCACAGCAACAUUUUCUGCCGGCUUCACCAUUCCGGGUGGCUACAACAGCAGCAAUGGCCGUGACCAAGGCAUGGCAACUCUAACAAGAAAAGCAGCUUUCAAAGCUUUUGUGGUAACAGAUGCCCUAGCCUUGAUAUCCUCUAUUGCUGCAGCUUGUUCUUACUCUGUCGUGGCACGAGAUUCAGACAGGAUCGUGCUUCUCAAGCAUGACACCAUCGGUUACUUGCUUCUCAUCUUUGCGAUGGGAGCAAUGGUGCUUGCAUUUGUCACCGGCUUUUAUGCAGUCUUGGCAGAUUCAUCAGGCCUUGCAGUCACCUUAUGUAUUAUGGGAUGCUUCCCUUUUCUCAUCAACCAUUUUUUCCAAAGAAAGGUUUGGUAGAAACAGCACUAAAUUGAGAAGUUUGCUAGCUUUGAAGUUUCUAACAUAUGAGAAACAGAUUCUGGAUAUUCUUUCAUUGUUGAU